AUGUGUUACAUCGGCUGGAGAGGAUAUCAUGGGUCCUUUCAUUUCCAAAUUAUUAUUGAGAAAGCUCUUAAAACACCCGUGGGUGUUUUUGUACGUAUUUCCCUUUACUGUAUUAAAGAUAAAAAAUUUCCGGAGUUAUGCACAGUGUCUAGUUUUUUAUUGAUUAAGAGGGAAUUCACAGUGGUUUCAUCGUCAACUCAUUAUGAAAAAAUAUUGUCAUACUUUACCUAUUCGCAGUAUUCAUUACAAUUAAAUAGUGUCCCAUCAGAUAUUUUAUUUUAUCAAACUAGAAGAUGGUCGUAUAAUGGUGUCAUGACAUGUAAAAUUAAUUUCAAAAUGCCUUACGGUCUAAAAGAAAACGAGGGAAUUAUUAUUGUUAAGGGUGUUUCUUUAGCCUUGGAGAUAAUGAAAGAACCAGUAGCUUCUUCUUCAUAUUAA